GAGACUCGCCCUGCUGCUGCCUCUCCUCAGGGACCCCAGCCCACCCAAACCAGGCUUGCCGUUGCCCACGCACUGCGCACACUACGGCCAAAAUCGCAGGUACCGUCGUGCCCAUGAGAUGUGGCACUCAGAGAGCGGCUGGGGAUACGGCCUGCAGAGAAAGAUGCGGGGGCUAUGCCACAUCUCCCUUCCCCCUCACCCAGCCGGGCCACAGCCCGCCCAGCUGCUCUCCGCGGCCGGCCCCGGGCUAACUCGAGGCCGUGUGCCCUCAUGGUGCCCCGCCGCGGAGACGCUGUGGGGCUGGGCCCAGCUGUCUCAACCCCUCCGCACCUCACCUGCCCUUCGCCUCGUCCCGCCCGCGCCGCCGCGGGGCGGUGCUGCCCCUCCCGCGGAACGCGAAGCGCCGCUGCCGUGUUCCCGGGGGGACUCGGAUCGGACAGGGGGCGGUGCCGGCCGGAGCGCUGAGCGCGGCGCACCGCGUCCCGGAACGAGCGAGAUGGCCCGCGGCGGCAAGGUGGCCAUAGUGCUGUGCCUGGAUGUAGGCUUUACAAUGAGUAGUUCUGCCCCUGGUGAGGAGUCUUCACUUGAACAAGCUAAGAAGAUUAUGAUGAAGUUUGUGCAGCGACAGGUUUUUGCUGAGAGUAAAGAUGAGGUUGCUGUAGUUUUGUUUGGCACUGAUGCUACUAGGAAUAACCUUGCCAGUGGAGAUCAAUACCAAAACAUUACUGUACAUAGGUCACUAAUGCUACCAGAUUUUGAUCUGCUGGAAGACAUUCAAGAUGUGAUUAAGCCAGGUUCUGAACAAGCAGACUUUCUGGAUGCAAUUAUUGUGUGUAUGGACUUACUUCAGAAGGAGACAAUAGGCAAGAAAUACGAGAAGAGACACAUUGAACUGUUUACAGACCUUAGUAGUCCUGUCAGUGAGGAUCAGCUGGAAAUUAUCAUUGCUAACUUGAAGAAAACAGGAAUUUCACUUCAGUUUUUUCUCCCAUUUCCAGCGGAUGUUGAUGGAGGUGGAGAUACAAGUGCCUAUGUACGUUCUCAUGUGCACAGAAAUUCUUUCCCAAGAAAGGCUUUAACUAAGCAACAGAAGGAAGGCAUUGAUGUGGUGAGGAAACUUAUGCAUACUUUGGACCAAGAAGGAGGGCUGGAAGAAAUUUAUACUUUCAGCGAGAGCCUGGAGCGUCUUUCAAUGUUUAAGAAAAUGGAAAGAAGACCUAUGGCUUGGCCUUGCCAGCUCACUAUUGGUUCUAAUUUGUCUAUAAGGAUUGUGGCCUACAAAUCAGUCACAGAAGAGAAGGUGAAAAAAAUUUGGACAGUUGUGGAUGCUAAAACCCUCAGAAAAGAUGAUGUGCAAAAAGAAACUGUUUACUGCUUGAAUGAUGAUGAUGAGACAGAGGUUCAGAAGGAAGAUACUAUUCAAGGGUUUCGCUAUGGGAGUGAUAUAGUUCCUUUUUCCAAGGAAGAUGAAGAGCAAAUGAAAUACAAAACAGAAGCAAAAUGUUUUUCUGUUUUGGGAUUCAGCAGAUCCUCUCAGAUCCAGAGGCAUUACUACAUGGGCAACCAGGUUCUGAAGGUCUUUGCAGCAAAAGAUGAUGAGAAUGCAGCAGUUGCUUUUUCUGCCCUUGUUCAUGCAUUGAAUGAAUUGAAAGUGGUAGCUAUAGUGCGUUAUGCUUAUGAUAGAAGAAGCAACCCACAAAUUGGAGCAGCUUUUCCAUAUAUUAAGGAUGCAUACGAGUGUCUAAUCUAUGUGCAGUUACCCUACAUGGAAGACUUAAGACAGUACAUAUUUUCAUCCUUGAAAAACAAUAAAAAAUGCAUUCCUACAGCGGAUCAGUUAUCUGCUGUUGACUCUUUGAUUGAUUCUAUGAAUUUGGUUUAUGAAGAUGAUGAUGGAGAAACUUUUGAGGACCUCUUUAAGCCCAGCAAAAUCCCAAACCCUCAUUUUCAGAGGUUGUAUCAGUGUUUGCAGCAUAAGGCUUUUCACCCCAAUGAGCCAUUGCCACCAAUUGAACAGCGCCUUUUAGAGAUGCUGGAGAUGCCCUGUGUGGUAAAAGAAAGGUGUCAAGCUCCUCUUGAAAAAGUAAGAGCACUUUUCCCCCUAAAGGAAGUUGUCAAGAAAAAAGAAGAGAAGACUGCUCAGGACAUCUUCAAAGACAACAGUGAAGAUGGACCCAUUCCUAAGAAACCAAAAAUUGAAGAUGAGGAAGGUAGCUUUACCAUCAUGAAACUUGCUGAAGGCAAUAUCACCUCUGUUGGCAGUGUCAAGCCAGCAGAAGAUUUCCGAAUUCUGGUGAGGCAGAAAAAUACUAACUUCGAAGACGUGAGUCAGCAGUUGAUAAACCGCAUUGAUCAGUUCCUGGAAAAUAAAGGUUCACAGUACUACAUGAAAGGGAUCAAUUGUAUCAGAGUUUUCCGAGAGGAGGCCAUGAAGCUGUCUAAGGUGAAGUGCUUUAAUGAUUUUCUGCAAGCUCUUAAAUCAAAGGUGGAAGAUAAAUCCUUAGCUGAUUUCUGGGAGAUCAUGAUACAAGACAGAAUUUCUUUGAUCACUAAAGAUGAAGCAGAGGAAAGUUCGGUGACUACUGAAGAGGCUGAAAAGUUCUUGGCUCCAAAAGAAAAGAAAAAUGAAACUCUGCCUCCCACAGAUGAUGGUGGUGAUGUUGAUGAUUUGCUGGACAUGAUGUGACUGGGCGGUAUAUGGUGACUAUACAAGCAACGUUUUGGAAGAGAUCUCCCUAUGAGAUGGGGCACAAAAGAGGAUGCUGAUGAGAAGACAGUAUAUCCGUCUUUAUUUUCUUGACUGAGAGUGGAAGUCCCAGAAACAUUUCCAAUUGGUAUAAAUGUCAUCUGACUUUUGAAAAGUAGAACAAAAGGUUGAAAUAAUCUGAAGUAUUUGUGAAGUAAUGCUACCUGUAAGGCGUCUCUCUGUUGUUUUUCUUUAGCACACUGAGUCUAGCUUAUCCUUGGUAUUGCUUUCAGCUAAACACUACUAAAUUUAAUGAGAAUUUCCACUGGCGCCUGAAAUUCUUCUUGGAUUACCUGGGAAGGAAGACAGAAAUGUCAACAGUGAGGUUACCAGGUAAUGCUGAAUCUUUAGUGGAUGUAAAUCCAUAGCAUUAUUGUUAGAGAAAGGAAAAAGUCUCUAUUUUCAUGCUCUUUUCCUAUUAAAAAAUAGAGGGGGAAAAAGCCCACAAAGGCUUAUCAGAAAAAAAUUCUAGGCCGGGGAGUCACAAAGUAAUAAUUUGAAAUACACCGAAGAAUCUAAAGCACACAGCAAAGCCAAGUGUGCUGAUCUUGCCAUACUGUACCCAAAUCAGUAGUUAUAGUCAUCUCUACUACAGGUUCUCUAUGCUGUCAGCUCAACAGCAGCUCAACUCUCUGUCCCCUUCUGUUAUACAUUUUCCUGUUUCAUGUGCUGGGAUUUCUGAUUUUUUUAGACUUUUAACUAGUACAGUUAUUGUAGAUACUCCUUAUGCUAGAAGGAUGAAUGAAUCAAUUAUCUGCAUUUCAUACACUGCACAUAACUGCUAACACAGAGCAGAACAAUCCAUGAAAGCUGUACUCUGACACCUGUGAUAGGUAACUGAUAACAGUUAACAUUGGUAACCAAAAUGGAGUACUGUCUACACAGAACAUUCCGAGUAGUCAAAUACUGCUUAGAAAGAGAUACUCAGAUUUGAUCACAGACCUGGAGAGACACCAAUAAUACCUUCACAGAUACGCUUUUUUGUUACAACCACAUUAAUUCCUUUAAAAGCUGUUCUUUCAUUAUUGCAAAUGUUUAAACAUACUGUGCAAACUGGUAUGAAGAUCAUAAAAAAGAAAAAAAAAUAUCAUGAGCUGUAGUUAAAAAGUGUUUUGGAGUAUCUGCACUUCAUACUGAACAACAGCUCCUGUGUGGGAAACAGCAAUUGCUUCUUGCCCCUGCCUCCCUAUACAGUGACCUGCUCUCUCCUGUCUUACAUCCUAUCCUGGCUGAGUUCAUGCAGACUUUGAAAGGGUUUCUCGGAUGCAAAUGGCAGGGAGUAGGUGAUCUUUCCAGACCUUUAGAGCAUAGAGAAGACAGUUUUCAGAAUUGUAAAUAAGAAGUAUCUGGUCGGUCCAUGUUUUUUAAUGUCUUUUGAGGCCAGUUAAUAGAGUAUAACACUGGCUGGGGUUUCUUUUUACAUUUUAUUGAUUUGUUUGAUGAAUAAAAAUUUAAAAAUUUGC